AACAGCUGCUUCUGUCCUUUACGGCAAUUGUGCAUGUUGACAUCAUUCUGUAAAACGACGGUCCUGCCUGGCUCACAAAGUCUGUAGGUCUGCUUCGUCCGGGCGAUGCGCUCUGGUCUCCCCGGCCUAAGAGGAACCUCGGUGGGCGUAUCUCUGAGAACUCUCUGCUUGACAGUACCACUGGGCGUGUUGAUGUACCAGGUCCUGCGGACAGUUGGCCUGAGAGCGAUUUCCAUGGCAUCCGAGACGUACACGGCUGGCAUGCACUCCGCAGCAUUCGUCACCUGCCCCAACGACAAGGUGGCCAAGGACCUGGCCAGGGGCAUCGUGGAGAAGAAACUAGCUGCCUGUGUCAACAUCAUCCCGGCCAUCACAUCUGUGUACGAGUGGCAGGGCAAGAUACAGGAGGACAGCGAGGUGCUCCUGAUGAUAAAAACAAGAAGUUCCAAGGUGCCUGAUCUCACCGAAUACGUGCGAGCGAACCACCCCUAUGAAGUGGCGGAAGUGAUCAGCCUACCCAUAGAGCAGGGCAACCCACCCUACCUGAAGUGGAUCCAGGAAGUUGUGCCGGAAUGAUGUGAAUGAGUUCCCAUGGAAACCAUGGACUGAUAAAUGAAGGAACCCCGGAAAUGACAUCACAACAAACAUCGACCGCUGUCUGUUUUCAGACGUUGGAUUGGGAAUGUGGAUCACAUGUAAUUUUCUUCAUUUCCGUUACCUCCAUGUUUCCUUUUGAACUGUAGGGGGCAACAUUGGUUGAUAAGAUUUAUUUGCACAAUAAAAAUGCCCGCUGUUUUUUUCAUUACGUGUAAGACAGAUAAUUUUACAACAGCAAGGGUGGAUAUGUGAUAUCUGUUUACCCUGCUGAGCAACACUUCACAAGGCCUACAGAACAGCAAACACACAUAGCCAGUUUGGCCUUGUACUGGAACAGUUAUGUCUCCAUACAAAAUAGUUUACCACACUGACAUAUUGACCCAAACAAUAAAAAAAAUACGAUUUUAGAAUUCUAUAGAUAUAAGACUGAAUUAGCUUAAGUUAGUGCGAGUGACAAUCAUUGUGGUUUCACCUUUUUUUUAACCUGAGAAGACACAUAAUCAAAAUAA